GCGCGGCCCGCGGGACCAGCUGGCCCGACCGCUGUGCGCGUGCGCAGUCGGGAAGCGCACUGGCCGCUCAGCGGGGGCCACGACCAGGAUGGCGUGUGCUCCAGGAGCCCUCGGUCACCGCGCACUCUGGGCCGUGGCCUGGGGACUCCUGCUGCUGGUCCCCGUGCUCGCAGGGGCGCAGCGUGGCAGGAAGAAAGUCGUGCACGUGCUGGAGGGCGAGUCCGGUUCGGUGGUGGUGCAGACGGCGCCGGGGCAGGUGGUGAGCCACCGCGGUGGCACCAUUGUCUUACCCUGCCGUUACCACUACGAGGCGGCCGCCCACGGUCACGACGGCGUUCGCCUCAAGUGGACGAAAGUAGUAGACCCUUUGGCUUUCGCCGAUGUCUUCGUGGCUCUGGGUCCCCAGCAUCGAGCCUUCGGUCCCUACCGAGGGCGGGCCGAGCUACAGAACGAUGGACCCGGGGACGCCUCCCUGGUCCUCCGAAAUGUCACCCUGCAGGACUACGGGCGCUACGAGUGCGAGGUCACCAAUGAGUUGGAGGAUGACGCCGGCAUGGUAAAGCUGGAUCUAGAAGGGGUGGUCUUCCCCUAUCACCCGCGCGGAGGCCGCUACAAGAUGACUUUCGCGGAAGCCCAGCGCGCUUGUGCGGAGCAGGACGGCAUUCUGGCAUCUGCGGAGCAGCUGCACACGGCCUGGCGCGAUGGCCUGGACUGGUGCAAUGCAGGGUGGCUACGCGAUGGCUCCGUGCAGUACCCGGUGAGCCAGGCCCGAGAGGCCUGUGGCGGAUCUGGGAGCCCUGGGGCUGGUGGCGGCACCAACGGGGGCGUGCGCAACUAUGGAUAUCGUCACAACGCCGAGGAACGCUACGAUGCCUUCUGCUUCACGUCCAACCUCCCCGGCCGCGUGUUUUUCCUGAAGCCGCUGCGACCUGUGGCCUUGGCCGGGGCCGUGCGUGCGUGUGCGGCACGGGGUGCCACAGUGGCCAAGGUCGGGCAGCUCUUCGCUGCGUGGAAGCUGCAGCUCUUGGACCGCUGCACUGCGGGCUGGCUGGCGGAUGGCAGCGCGCGCUACCCCAUCGUGAAUCCGCGAACUCGCUGCGGAGGUCCUCGGCCCGGCGUGCGCAGCCUCGGUUUCCCUGACGCCUCCCGUCGCCUCUUCGGUGUCUACUGCUACCGCGCUCCGGGUGCCCCAGACCCAGCUCCAGGCGGCUGGGGCUGGGGCUGGGCCGGCGGAGGAGGUUGGGCCGGAGGGUCGAGGGAUCCGGCUGCCUGGACCCCACUGCGUGUCUAGAUCUCGGAGGAUGCGCGUUUGGGGGUGUUGAUGGCUGAUCCAGGGACCUCAUGCACCCCCUGGAUACCGAGCACGUUUCAGAGUCUCAGAGCUCCCUUGGACAGACCCAUGCGGUGCACUGCAGGCUGAUUUGGCUACCUGUGGUCUUUGGACAUUGACCACACCUAAAGUUUCCUGGCUACGUGACAUAACUUUUGCCUGUGGUGAGCUGCAGGCUGACCCACCUGUUGUGGUCCUUGGUCGCUGACUAUGAUGCCCUCUGAGGAUCCCUGGUAGUGGCCAAGCCCACUUCUCUGGAUAGUGGGUGACUCAUCUUUCAUACUUUGUCUAGAAGAGUCAUGCUCUCUCCCAACCCCCAGGAUCCCAGUAGACCAACAGGACUCUACGGUUUCCUAAAGAUGAGCCCCGCCCCCUUUUUGGGCUCCUGAAGAACAGGUGGAUGCUUCCUCUCUGUCACCUGGAGGCUGGACCCCCAGGAUUAACUGGAGACCUGCCCCCCAACCCCUCUGCAUUACUGGGGAGCUUGAAAACUGGUCUUGGAGAGUCAAGGACUUCUCCCCAUCACCCGGUGAAGAAAUAGAAAACUGUGGUUCACUCACGAGGUGAUCAUGGCCUGUGUGGGCAGGUGACCAGAGGCUGGGUGUUCCCACUCUUCCAGAGAGUCUCUAUGUUUCCGAGGUAACAUGCCUUGUCCCUGGGUCACUAUGGAGGACAGACCCAACACCUCUGGCUUCAUAGGAGAAUGUUCCCAGCUGGCUCCCCGGAGCAGUGGCCAUGCCUAUCCCUCAGGUAUUCCCUCUGGCCAGAGAGUAGACUCGCCUGAAUGUCCCGUCCCUGGGCUCCUUGGGGAAUAUCACCAAAGAGAUUGUUCCCUCAGACCAGAGACCCCUAAGAAUCUGACUUGUAGAGACAAGCUGCUCGGCUCCUUAAGGUCACACAGGCCACCAGUGCAGCCUUACCCGUCUCACCCGCUACACCCACGGAAAUGGCACUGUCUGCCUUUCUCUGUAACCAUGGUUACCACACAUUUCCUUUCUCACUGGCCUAAAGCCCAGACACCUAUCACUUCAUUUUUGGCUGUCCCUGCCCUGGUGGACCACCGUGGAGACAAUCUUCCCCAUUGAGUGUCCUCAGGGGAACCCAGCAUUCAGUUCUCCAGGACUAUUCCGUGGAUCAGCUGCCCCUUUCCCAAAGUGCACCUUGUUUCUCUCAGCAGCCCAAGCCCCACCCCUAGACAGUUUGAACCUCCGGACCGUUGUCAUGGAGAUCAAACUCUGGUGUCCAAGGAAACAGAACACCUGUCCCUUCAAGGCUUUCCCUCCAGGGUCCCAUACUGUCCAGCUGUUGCCAUAGAGACCGUCAGUGUCUCCAUGACAACUGACCUGCAGCACUCAGGAACUUCUUGCUAUGGGCAGAGUACCUCUAUCUGGAGCUGCCUAAUGUGUUCCUCAGGCGCCUGACAAAUGUCCCUUCUUCAGACGGGCCUAUGCAGGCCUCCGCUUGUGGGCCAGCUGCCUGCCACCACCCGUUUGCAUGCUAACUCUACUCUCCACGCAGCAGCCAAGCAGGAACCACCACUGCAGCCCCCUCCAGCAUUUUAAAUGUUCACCCUGCAGAUGAGAGAACUGAGGCUGUGGUGCUGUACAAGCUGACCUUUCCUUCUUGAAGAUCAAGGAGGGCAGACUCUCCCUGAAACCACCAAUUUCAACCCAUUUCUGAGGGCCCAUUUCUCAAGGGUCAAGACCAGCCCAAAUGCAGGAGCCUCCAGUUCUCAGGUGCUGCUGGGACCAGCAAGUACCCUUGCCCACACACCUUCCUGCCUGACCCAUCUAUCUCGGUUAACUCCACCCCUAAGUCUGGAAGCUAAGGGGCUGUGGGCUCCAGUCAUACCUUUUGUUCUAAAGUAUGCAGCCAAAAACUCACCCAGGCUCUUCUCUGGACUAGGAUUGUUCUGAGGUUCCUGAAGCCCAGGUUCAAUAAACCUUUGUUCCUUCUGAUGAAUGCGAAACGAGGCUGCCGGUCCCUCUAUCAGUGUGGUGGAGUUCUCAGGCCAGGUUCAGAAGCAGCUCCUCUCCCCUUUCAAUGCUCACAACCUGAGCAUAGAAAAGCGGAACAGUUUACCAGGUGUCAAGACCAGGACCCUUUGAGGUCCUGUCUGACUCCUCAUGUGCUCUGUGGCAUGAGUGCAUACACAUAACUCAUCAUAACAUGAUUUUAAACAUGUUAAAUAGGUUCUGGCUGUAAAUUGAGGUAGUCAUCUAGAUUUUUAUUUUUCGUUUCUUUGAGACAGGUUUUCACUGUUUAACCCUUGCUGUCAUGGAAUUUGCUACACAAACCAGUCUUGACCCUGAACUCAGUGAUCUGCCUGUCCCAAGUGCUGAUUAAUGGCGUAAGCC